UGUACUCUAUCUGUCGACAGGUUCAAAAUGUCGUACAAAGCUGUCUAACAUGAAACAUUAGGACCAGUUUAAUGCACUGGAAGACAGAACUGUGCACACGAGUUCUGAGUUCAAUCUCAAGAAGAGUCAGCGUCUAACAGUGUUGACCCUCACAAUGGCCGAAUGUGGACGCCCUCCAGAACUGGACUUACACUUACUGGAAUGUCCUAUCUGUCUGGAGCGACUUCAGAAACCAAAGUCCUUACCCUGUCUCCACUGCUUCUGUCAGGAAUGUCUCGGGACCUACAUCACCAAGGAGUUGUCUGGGAAGAUGGCGUCAGAAACAUCAUUUUCUUGUCCUGUCUGUAGGAGGUUGACCCCGCCUGUCAAUCCUGUGGAAUCUAAGGACAAAUGGGCAGAACAGUUCCCAACUAACGCUGUGAUACAGGACCUCAUUCAGCUCAAGGAACGAUCGUCUGAAACACUGUACUGUAAACCCUGUCAGACAAAAGGUAACAUGACGAAUCCCGCGAAAUUGAGGUGCAAGGACAUGGCAGUGAACUUUUGCGAUGAUUGUAAGGUGCAACACCACGAUAUUUUGCACAAUGAAUGUGGUAUCUUAGACAUCAGUGGAUAUGAGUAAUAACCGGACGAAUCUGGAAAAGUCAGUCCCUCGAUGUGACCAACACGAUAAAAAGAAGGUUUGGUAUUGUGAGGACCAUCAACUUUUAGGACGUAACAUAUGCAUUUUCAAAAAUCAUAGACGUUGUGGAGAGGUAACAACAGCUAUAGAGUAUUUUCAGAAAUUAAAAGAUGGAUCACAGAUGACAGACAUGCUGGCAGUGUUGAAGAAAAACACGGAAGGUUUUGACUUAAUAGUGAAGGACUUUGACGAACAGCUUCAAACUCUGGUACAGAACCAGGAAAUCGCACUACAGAGUAUCACCGAUCUGCGUGAAAAGGUGGAUAACCGGUUAAACACGCUACAGAAGGACGUCACAGACAAGUUGAUCGCGUCGUUCAAAGAAGAGAAGAUAAACAUGGAGGCGUCAUUACGGCAGUGUGAACGUCUGAUGAAUAGUAUGCUGAAUACCAUGAAGUCGUCCGUUACCGCCGUAGAGGGAAAUGACCACAUUGAGACGAUAGUGUUGUACCAGCGAGGACAGGCAGAGGUGGAGUCGUGUAAGGCCCUGAUAACGGACAUGAGAAAGUCGUACACGUCCGUCAGCAUUAAACAUCAUGUUGUUAGUGGACUCGGUAACCUUGAUGAAGACGCAAUGGGAAAGAUCAUCAUCGAGAAACAAUCACGACGUUUUCCUGGCAUUCAAGGUGAUCUAAAACCACCCUUGUUAGAACGCAAAGUGAAGGGAAUCGGAAAGUUCAACAUAAAGAUUCUGUCGGAUGAAUAUAAUUGCUGUGCCCAUGGUGUUGUGUACCUUCCAUGUGAUCAAAUAGUGGUAAGUGAUGCCGACAACAAGAAGUUGAAGCUGUUUACAGACAAAGGACAGUUUCUGGACGAGUUGUCCAUUCAAGGAUGUCCCAAUGAUCUGUGUCUGGUAGACAAUAACACUGUGGCGGUCGCUGUCGACAGUCCUGGUGGUAUACAUGUCGUGAAAGUCGAGGCAUCAAAACUCUCCCUGUCGUCUGAGAUCAGGAUACCAAACGGUAAGGACUGUUAUGGUAUAACACAUACAGACGGGAGGUUUAUCGUGGGUACAGAAGGAGGAGGAGUAUACAGUGUAACACAGGACGGCGUGACUGACUUGUUACAUCAGUAUAACAGUAACUGUUACUCACUCACACAUGACCCAGUAAAGGGAGACACACUCGUCAGUAUCUAUAACGACACCCCGGGAGACGUCGCGGUGUCCAGACUGUCGGCUGAUAAACGUCACACGGACGUGAUGAAGGUCGGCGUCGUGAAUAAAGCGGGGGGAAUAGACGUAGACAGGGAGGGAAACAUCUACGUAUGUGGUGAUAGUUCAGACAACGUCGUACAUAUGUCUGGGGACGGGUCACACGUCAGGGAACUGCUGACGUCAUCGGACGGUAUGGUGAACCCAUGGGCAAUAUCUGUAAAUGGUGACAAACUCGUUGUCACUAGACAUACAGAUUGCAUUUUCGGUAGUAAAGAGGAUAAUUACAUCCGGAUCUUUCAACUCUACUAGUGUGUUGAAACUAAAACAAUCACUGUCUAGAAAUGUGUUUACUUUAACAAUCGGCGUCACCAUCAACAAACAGCGAUGAAUGUUAAAUAUAUUCCCCUGUUGGUUCAAUACCUGUUUUAAUGACGUCAUCAGACAGAAAGAUAUAUUCAUGGGCAAUGGCUGUAAGUGACGAUAUACUCGUGAUUUAAUAUAAUACCUGAUGUACAAAACAAACUUGUUAUCUAUCAUUCAUACCAAACUGAUGAAUCUUUAUCCUAAUACUCGUGAUGUUUGGUUUGUUUGGUUUGUUUGUGUUUAACGUCUUAUUUACAGCCAAGGUCAUUUAAGGGCGUGCCAGGUUUUGGAGGUGGAGGAAAGCCGGAGUACCCGGAGAAAAACCACCGGCCUACGGUCAGUACCUGGCAACUACCCCACGUAGGUUUCGAACUCGCAACCAAGAGGCGGAGGGCUAGUGAUAAAGUGUCGGUAGACAUGUAACCAUUCGGAAACCUCGACCCCGAUACCCGUGAAUACAUACGACUUUGGUCAUUACUGAUAACAUUAUAUUAAUGUUUGAGAUUAAUGUUCCGGUAACAUACUCAAUGUUAAUUCACAACGUGUCGAAUUGUGACACAAACAUGAAGCGGGCAACAAGGAAGUGGCGUCCAAUCGCAAAAUCAUUUGACAUAUUUUGUUUUAAUAUUUCCUCGUUUAAAUCAAGAAAGUUAGUAAGUUAUACUGUUAUUAGUUCCUAAUACGUUUGGCAUUACAGCACACCAUUCGGGAUCUGACACUGUCAAUAUAUAAAUAAAACACAAAGGAAUGAAAUGUUUUAAUUAAAAUUAAAUUUUAAGUUUUACAGUUAUUGAUUAUAGCUCUGAUUACACAUGGUAAUUGACAUUAUCAGAAAAUCACAGUAUGAACAGAAACAUCUUACAUACGCAAAUGACUCUACAUGUAGCUUAUUCUAAAAAAAAAACGUUUAGGCAGCUGAAAGAUCAGCUAUGAACCGAAAGGGAAACUAGGCCUUAACAGUGUGUCAAGUAAAGUUUUCGUUUUCACA